CUCUUACAACUCAGGAGGCAGAGCGGCUCGCUGAGACGUGCAUCUAACUGGUGUAGGAGCAGUUUGAGAACAUUCAUUUCUGGGAGAUGUGAAUGCACCGUUGGCAUCAGCGGACAUCCCCUACCUGCAGCAAAGAAGCAACGACUGACCUCAACCGUCAUGGAUAUGAAGAAGCAGCUGUUGUCUUGCACCCGCAUGUCCUUACCUUCUGUUGGAUUCGUGUUCACAUGCAUCGGAGCCUACCUGGUGUCACAGCAGACUGGGUAUGGCUUUGAGGGGAAGAUGGUCGCCGUUUACAUUGUGAUUGUCUUUGGCUUCCUGGCAAUGCUCAUCGGCGUGUUCUGGAGCCUCUGCCACUCCAUGAGGAGCAAGAUGUACCACAGAAGAAGAGACGAGAGGCACAUCCAAGUCUUCACAGUGGAAAGCAGAAGGUCAAGCUCGUUUCCUCCAUCAUAUGAGUCCCAGGGUCCCAGCCAAGUCACUCUGGGCAGCAUGCACGAGGCGGUUGUAUCAGUAGACGGAGUUCACGUGGUUUUGGAUCUUGCACCUCCGCUGUACACCGAGAACAGUUCAGAGACACCAGACUGCAGGUGGAGCUGGGAGCAACCACCUCCAUACAGUCAGGUGGUGAAUACCGGACAACGAUAAGACAUUUGAAAGGAGUUGUCUCAUUCCCACACUAAAGGAGAAACUGUUUUUUUUUAAAUGAACUGUCCAAGAAGAGAGCCGGGACAGCUAACCAGGAGAAGACUUCUUAGGGAACUACGGAUAUAAGUUUUUUUGUGACUUUGCUCCACUGCAAAAUGACAUCAGCUGCUGCGUCUACAUCCAGUCUGCACCACCUCAGUGGGACCCAACGUUCUGGGACCUGUUGCACUGAAAUUAAAUGUGUAUGGAUGUUACUUGAAUGAUUUGGCUUCUAGAUUCAUAAAGCUUUUAAUCCAGCAAUAACCCAGCAACAGAACUUACUUUUAUUUGUACUUUAACUCCGGUUUGUGCUGGAGCCAAAUCAGGCACUCUUGUACAUUCAGAAGCCACCGUCAGGGAACUGAAUAAUCCCUCUGCUGUUAUAUUUGAGGGGUUUCACAGAGUAAAAUCAGAACAUUGCUUGAAGAUUUUGCACACUGUCAUGUUGCUUGUGUUCUAACGUAUAUUGUGUUUGGUAGACGGUCUAAGACUCAGUCACGGCAGUGUUAGUUUGUUUUUUAUAUUUAUUUUUCUGUUGUAAAAACUAAAAACAUCUAAAUUGUCCUCUUCUAUCUUGAAUUUGAAAUUAUUUAAAUUAAAACCAGCACCCUACCUUACUUAGGCUACAACUAAUUUAAUUUCCACUAAAUAAACAAUAAGUCAUAACAUGCAGAUAUGUCUCCUCGAAGCAAAAUGUCAUAUUUAACAUAUUCAUCUGUUAAUUUAUUCGUAAAGAUUACAGAUAUUGAUAACUGCAUCAUAAGAAGAGAAAUAAACUCCAGAAAAUUCAUCAAACGAUGAAUCAAUAUGGAGAGGCUGAUGUUGAAGAUUUACUGCACUGCAUUUUGUUCUGCUGUAUUGUGCCAUGUGUUUCAGGCUUUUGUACUUUAAGGAUUAAAGUUUGAACCAUCCUCUGCU